AUGGCUAAACCCCCAUCCUCACAACAAACACCUGACAUCCGCGACGACUCGCUGAACACAACACCUGCAACACGUACGCGCUCGCUGGAUCUCUGGUCGAACCCUGAAGAAAUUUCAGAAGAAACGCCGAUUCAAAACGUAUUCAGUGAUGAGUUCUCAGUGGAACCUCUGGAUGGGUUUAAUAGUACUAGGAGUUCGCUCAGCGAAACUACGCCCCGUAACAUUCCACCGAUGCCUUCAAGCGAAGAAACGGCCCCUCCUAUUGUCAGCCCCUUCGGCGACAACGCAGAUAUAUUGUUAACGGAGAUGAUACCUGUGCCAGACGUCCCCUCAAAUUCCGAUAAAAUCAGACACGGCCCACGCGAAAGGAAUUCUAUAGCACGUCCUCUAUCUACUUCAUCUGGAAACUCUGUUGACCCGUAUUCUGCGCGCCGAAGCAUCAGUACGUCGUCUCGCUUCUCCAUGCCCCGUCCCAUGAGCCCAUAUCGGGGUCAAACAGGGCCCAGUCAGCCCUAUGCAAUGUAUCCUCAAGGGAUUGGGGUUACACGAACGUUAUCUACCUCUACUGUCUCUACCUUCCGCCCUCCAGAACGCUCUUUCAUUGCUGCUGCCCCACCACAGCAUCCAUAUGCCAUGUAUUCCCAAAAUACGGUCCCUGAAGAAGCCGUGGAUGAACCCCAAAAUCCGGUCAUACCAAUUGGGUUUUCGAGCCAAAGCCGGGGCUAUCAACUCCCAACAUCUCACACUCCCAACGAAGUCGGGGAUAUCGUUGGUCCGGAUGGCCACACUGAACAGUUGCCUCCAUACUCCCGAUAUCCAGCUAGCCCACCCUCAAAACAAGAACUGUUAGCUGACGAUCAGAAUGACGCUGUACCCCAACCACCUGUGCCGGAAGAAUCACCUACACCUCGUCGACUGACAUCAGAAGUCAGUAUAACAGACAACACCGCUAGUACGGAAACAGAUUCAAGCGAUCAUUCUUCUGACAGCGUCAAAGAAAAGCUGUCUCAGAAAGGACAGAGGAAGGUUUGCUGUGGCAUUCCGCUUUGGAUGUUUUUCCUUGUUGCAGCUGUGCUGCUUUUAGGCACGAUCAUUGGAGGUGUAAUUGGUGGUCUUCUAGGUUCCCAGCAGACUACAAAGCGUAAUCCGCCGACCACAACCUCACCAACCGCUACCGUCACCGUCACCGCCGGGACUCUAGAUGCCAUUCCGGGGCCCACGGAUCUGGGUGUGCUACCCCCGCUUCCAACGGGUAAAUUCGUUGUUCCAGCCAACACACUUCAAAACUAUUCAAGCAAGUGCCUAUCCAAUGGUGUUUACGACAGCUCUUGGCAAUGCCGGACUACAGGUCAGUUUGAUUGUCAGAUUGACGUCGACAAGGAUGAUAAGGCAACGAUCAUUCUCAGUUCCCAUAAUGUGACUGGUAGCUUUUUCUACGGUGCCCAACCGCCCAUUUUCAGAGACCCGGACCACACACUUUCACUAAUGCUUGAUAAAACAAACAUAUCCCUUGGGCCUGCGUUCUUUUUCUAUACCCAACUCGAUAAACUUAUGAUUAUCCCGGAGGAUGAAUUUCCAAAGUCUCCAUCAAAGAGAGGGAUCGAUGGCGCCUCACUGUCGUCAAGGUAUUGGCCGGGACUCCGUCAAAAAGUAGCGGCCUCGCCUGGCGAUAGACCUUGGUUCUGCUGGUGGAAUAGCACGCUUUUGGAAGCAUUCAUCUACGUCAAUGAGACAAGUUCCGCGGCUGCGUCGUCAAAGCUCUCAACCGGUGCAAUGCCUACCCCAACUUCUGUCCCCCGAGCAAAACGCACAUUCGGGACUCGCAACGAUAUCGUUAUUCCUGAAUAUUCAUACUAUCCACGUGCUAUAAAAAUUGAAGAGAUGCGGUAUGCGUCCCACGGACAACCUGCAUACUGCGAGCAGAUGCUGGUAAUGGACGAUAGAUCCCUUUACCGAGUAUCUCAGGAUCAGAUUCCUAUACUGGAGGCUUACACCUCUACAGACGCGCCCUUCCCGUCGGAAAAUAGCAAAUCUUUGGCUCGACGCAACAAUUUUGACGAAGUAGGCUGCUUCUGUCAAUACUUUUAUGUUUGA